CAUUGAUGAUCAUAGGCUGGUUGCAGAUUAGAAAAUGAGGAAAAACAAUGGCCCAAGAAUCUCACAGCCAAGUUCUUGCUCAAAAGGACAGCUUUGUUUUGUUGUCAAAGAUAAGCAAAGUCACUUUUGCAUUGCAGCUCUCCAUUUCUGGGUCCCAUUCACCUUCCGGUUUACUCUUUUGUCACCAAAGUCUUGCCUUUAUCCAACUACGUCGCCUUCUCUUCUCUCUCUCUCUCUCUCUCUCUCUCUCUCUCACUCGCUUUGUUCCUUAGCACACGUACAGUGAUAAAGAGAACGAUUUGUGCUGUGAUUGAAUGAAUGCUUAGUAGCUCAAAGACACAGGAAGUGUUUGGAUUUGUGAGAACAAGGAGAAGAAGAGGAUGGGGAGAAAGGGAAAGUGGUUUGGAGCUGUGAAAAGAGUCUUCAGUCCUGAAUCAAAGGAAAAGCAAAUUAAGAAAUCCAAGAAGAAAUGGGGGUUUGGGAAGUCCAAGAGUUCAGAUCCAUCAGAAUCUCUAAACAAUGAAGCUCCUGAUCCAGUUAAGGAUCUGGAGGUUAAAAUGAUGGAGGAUGAGCAGAGCAAGCAUGUGUAUUCAGUGGCGAUCGCCUCAGCGAAGGCUGCCGAGGCUGCUGUCACUGCUGCUCAUGCUGCUGCAGAGGUGGUUCGUCUCACCAACUUUACAAGAUUGUCACAAAAAUCAAAAGAAGAGGUGGCUGCCAUUAAGAUUCAGACUACUUUCAGAGGAUACAUGGCGAGGAGAGCAUUGCGAGCAUUGAGAGGACUGGUUAGAUUGAAGUCAAUGAUUGAGGGAAAUUCAGUUAAGCGACAAGCAACAACGACAUUACGGUGCAUGCAGACAUUGGCGAGAGUUCAAUCGCAGAUUCGAUCAAGGAGGAUCAGGAUGACAGAGGAAAACCAAGCACUUCAGCGGCAGCUGCUGUUGAACCGAGAAAGAGAGUUUGAGAAAUUUAGGAUGGGGGAGGAAUGGGAUGACAGUAUACAAUCAAAAGAACAAAUAGAAGCAAGUUUGUUGAGCAAACAAGAAGCUACUAUCCGAAGAGAGCGAGCAUUGGCCUAUGCAUUUUCUCAUCAGUGGAAGAGUUCUUCAAGAUCAAUGACUCAAUUGUUCACAGACCCGAACAAUCCACAAUGGGGAUGGAGUUGGUUGGAGCGAUGGAUGGCGUCAAGGCCAUGGGAAUGCCGAAGCACAACCGAUAAGGAAUUUAGUUAUGAGCACUCCUCUGUGAAGAGUAUAACAAGUGCUUAUACUCGCCGUGAUACUAUCUCUGACCAGCCUUCACUUUCAUCCCAGAAGUCGAGCCGCCCUACCAGCCACUUCUCCCCUUCAACGCCGCCCUCCAAAGCAUCAGCAAUAACCGGAAAGGUAAAGUCAGCAAACUCAAAAGGUGCCUUUGCACUGUCGGAAGAUGACUCAAGAAGCAUGCUCAGCCUCCGGUCAGAACGGUAUCGGCAUUACAGUGUAGCAGGGUCUUCAGUGAGAGAUGAUGAGAGCCUUGCGAGUUCUCCCGCUGUCCCAAGCUACAUGGCUCCCACAGAAUCAGCAAGAGCUAAGUCCCGGUUUCAUAGCCCGGUGACAAGUGAUAAGAAUGAGACUCCAGAGAAGUUGUCUGCAAGCUCCACAAAGAAGCGGCUGUCCUUUCCAGUAGCUGAAAAACAUGGCAUGAGUUCACCGGCAGGGAUUAGGCGAUACUCAGGCCCUCCUAAGGUUGACAUUGCCUCUGUAAAGGGCAUUGCCAUGCAGUCAUAAUUCAAUAAGGUCAUGUGGACAGGAUUGUUUCUGUGUGUGCUUUGUGGGAUUGUUUAAUGGGAUUGCCGGUGGGUUUGGUUUAUAUGAUUGUGAGAACAGCAUGGAAGUUGUUAUAUAUCUUUCGUCUUUGUUGUGGUUUG